GAAACGGGCUGCUCUCCCCUCGCCCGUAGUGUGUGGGCUGGGGUUGGUGCGGGGCUCUAUCUUGGCCUCACUUGGUGGGUAGUUCUGCUCGGAGGGCUUUUGUGUCCAGUUUUUGGUUUGCUUUGUGUCUGCAAGUUUUUGCUUUGCUCCGCAGCGCUCCUCCGGGACGGGAGCCAAGAAGCUCGGAGGCGGCAGCGCGGCCCCAAGCAAGGAGCGAGCACCCCGGCGUGAGCUGCGGGUGUGAAGGCUGCAGGGAAGGGGAUUCGCCGCAGAGAUGCCGGAGUUCCUGGAAGACCCCUCGGUGCUGACGAAAGAGAAGUUGAAGAGUGAGUUGAUCGCCAACAAUGUGACGCUCCCGGCCGGGGAGCAGCGCAAAGACGUGUACGUGCAGCUCUACCUGCAGCACCUCACGGCGCGGAACCGGCCAGCGCUUGCUGCCGGCGCCAACAGCAAGGGUCCCCCGGACUUCUCCAGCGACGAGGAGCGCGAGCCCACCCCGGUCCUCGGCUCCGGGGCGGCCGCUGCAAGCCGAAGCCGCGCCGCCGUCGGCAGGAAAGCCACAAAGAAAACUGAUAAACCCAGACUAGAAGAUAAAGAUGAUCUAGAUGUAACAGAACUCACUAAUGAAGAUCUUCUGGAUCAACUUGUGAAAUAUGGAGUGAAUCCUGGUCCUAUUGUAGGAACAACCAGGAAGCUGUAUGAGAAAAAGCUGCUAAAGCUGAGGGAACAAGGAACAGAAUCAAGAUCAUCUACACCUCUGCCAACAGUUUCUUCUUCAGCUGAAAAUACAAGGCAGAAUGGGAGUAAUGACUCUGACAGAUACAGUGACAAUGAAGAAGGAAAGAAGAAAGAACACAAGAAAGUGAAGUCCACUAGGGAUUUUGUUCCUUUUUCUGAACUUCCAACUACUCCCUCUGGUGGAAUUUUUCAGGGUAUUUCUUUUCCUGAAAUGUCCACCCGUCCUCCUUUGGGCAGGACUGAACUACAGGCAGCUAAGAGAGUACCCACUUCUAAGGGAGACCCACCUAGGGAACCUCUUAUUGCCACAAUCUUGCCUGGCAGGGGACAGUUGGAGAAGUUAGUGUCUGGAGGGAAUUUGUUUAUUUCCUCCAAGUCUAGUCAUGAUAGGUGUUUAGAGAAAAGUUCUUCGUCAUCUUCUCAGCAUGAACUCGCUGCCAUGUUGGUCUCUGCCGCAGCUUCUCCUUCACUGACUAAAGAAACCACCACUACUUGUUAUAAAGCCAUAUUAGAAAAUAUUUGCUGUGGAGAGAAAAGUGGAAUUCAACCAUUAUGUACUGAAAGGCCCCAUAUUUCAGAUCAAUCAGUUCUUUCCAGUGAAAGGGAGGGACUAGAAGAGUCUGAGAGAUCACAGGUAAUUUCUCCACCCCUUGCUCAGGCAAUCAGAGAUUAUGUCAAUUCUCUAUUGAUCCAGCGUGGGGUAGGUAGUUUGCCUGGGACUUCUAACUCUAUACCCCCACUGGAUGUAGAAAACACAUGGAAGAGAAUUGAUCGAUCCCAUUUUCAGGAAACUGAAUCCCAGUCUCCUCCACAAAAACGCCCUAGACUCACUGAAAAGUCAGUGGAGGAAAGGGAUUCAGGAUCCUUUGUAACAUUUCAGAAUUUGCCUGGAGAUGAACCAAUGUCUUCUUUUGCUAAAACUGUUGUCUCUCAUUCACUUAAUACCUUAGGCAUAGAAAUGUCUAAGCAAUCGCAGCAUGAUAAAAUAGAUGCCUCAGAACUAUCUUUUCCUCUCCAUGAAUCUAUUUUAAAAGUAAUUGAAGAGGAGUGGCAGCAAAUUGACAGGCAACUGCCUUCAUUGGCAUGCAAGUAUCCAGUUUCUUCCACAGAGGCAACACAGAUAUUAUCAGUUCCAAAAGUAGACGAUGAAAUCCUAGGACUUGUUUCUGAAGCCACAGCAGGUAUUCAGGCAGCCUCCACUGAGUCUUGUGAUAAGCAGUUGGACUUAGCACUCAGUAGAGCAUAUGAAGCUGCAGCAUCAGCAUUGCAGAUUGCAACCCAUACUGCUUUUGUAGUUAGGGCUAUGCAGGCAGACAUUAGUCAAGUUGCACAAAUUCUUAGCUCUGAUCCUAGUCAAAUGCACCAGGCACUUGAGACUCUGAGCAAAACAUAUGAUGCAGCCUCCUUUCUUUGUGAAGCUGCAUUUGAUGAAGUGAAGAUGGCUGCCCAUGCCAUGGGAUCUUCCACGGUGGGUCGCAGAUACCUCUGGUUGAAGGAUUGCAAAAUUAAUCCAGCUUCUAAGAAUAAGCUGGCAGUACUCCCUUAAAGGUGGAACAUUAUUUGGAGGAAGAAGUAUACAAAGUAAUUAAAAAGCAUGGGAAGAAACACUGAUAGAGUUAAAAACAAAGACAUCUUAUCUUUGAUAUGGGGAAAUUAGUACACUGUGCCAGAAUUUUCUUCUAAAAUUUUUAUACUCUUUGUGUUUAUUUGAAAGUGUUAAGCUUCUGCCCAUCAAAUUACAAUAUAAAAGUAAUUACUUACAUAGCAUUAUGCGCCCCCCCUCCCCCCGCUUUUUAAGUUAGAAAGCUUGGUACAAACAUCUAGAUCAUAUUUUUGUCUUAGUUAACCGUUUUCUCUCUUACUUUUGCUUCCACAUCUCUUCAAAACUAAGAAAAUUAUAUUAACUAGAAUAUAAAUAAAAUCUUCUCUACUUAAAAGUCCCACAUGCAUUCUAGGGCAAAAUUAAACACUUGUUAAACAUUCAAAACAAUUUUUAUUCUUUUUGAUAGUCCCAUCUAAAUAUCUUUUCACUUUUUAGAACUUGUCCACAUUUUUGCUGUUGUUUUCUCAGUUUUGUUUGUUUCUUUUUCACUUAAGUCUACAACUUCAUAAUAUUUUACCAGUGCAGUUCAAAUGCAGGUCCACGAACUGUUACUGGUCCACAGACAAGACAAACAUGUACCAGAGUUUAAAUCUAGAGAUAUGCUUUAGGUCAAUUGACAGGGGUUUUUUGGUAGUAAAACUUUAUUGAUAAAUGUGAUUAUUUGAAUUCUGGUACACACACCUCUUCAUAGAUUGGUCAGAAAUGGUUUGGUGGAUCAGUAUCAAUCCAUGGGACCACACUUUGAGCAACAAUGUUCUGGAACACAAUAGAUAUCCUGGACUAAUGCAUUCUUACCAUCACUUUGGUUUGUCAGAUUAAACUAUAGACUGGAUAGAUGUCUGCAAUUUUUUAAUAAAACUUUUCUUUCAAGGUAUAUUAUAGUUCAUGGAUGAAUAAGCAUGGCAAUCUAAACUUUAAAAACAAAUUUAAAUUAUUAGGUUUUGUGUUUUUUUUAAGCUGUAGAAAUCAUACUAUAUAGUGUCUCUGUAUAAAGGAAUGGAUUGUCCUCUUUUCAUUUCUAUGAUUGUAAGAUGAAACAGAGUCUAACUGUAGAAGGCGUUUGCUAAUCACCUUUCUUUAUGUUUUUGUGGAAAAUCGUAGCCUUAAGCAUAAGCAAAUAUGGUUGCCUUGGGUACUCCUCUAACCAAUACCAUAUUCUUGAACUACUCAUGUCCGUCUUUGCAGUUUUCUGGGAGCAGUUUUAUUUGUUAUUUGUCUUCUGAAAUGUACAUGUAUCCAUGUACCUGCUAAGUGCUUUGUGAUUUUUAAAAAACGUGUUACUGUAGAAUGCUUUUACAAAUUCAAUAAAGUUGUUAAAUAUGAACAAUUUUGUGUGGUCUCCAGAAACAUGUUGUAUGUGUGUUUUAUUCUUGGAAUUGCAACAAGUUAGAUAUUUGGAUGAGCAUCCCCUUUCCAUUUCAAUAUUAAAAUUCACUUGACAUUCCAGUGGUGUAAUUGAAAACAUUCCAAUGGGUCGUAUGCUUUUUCUUCUAUUUGAGGACAGUACUGUUGGCAUCUAAAUUUCCAAGAAAAUUAAUCUUUUUUAUCUAUAUUCCUAAUGAGGUUUUUACUUUGUGCUUUCUGAUUCUUAAAUUGAGUUAACAAAGCAUUAGAAUAAAUCUAUUAAUAGAAGUUGUUGGGAGGUGGGGGGGGUGGAAUUGAUAGUUCAGUCCUACAUAAAGACUGAACUGUUUGAACUAAUUUGCUAAAAAUCACUGUCCAAGUUUGGGAAACUUGCAGGUGGACUCUGACUAGUAGUAGAUUGGAAAGUUAGCAGGCCACAUAACUAUUUUGAGUACCUUUUAGCACAACUACAUUGAGUUCAUGCAAAGCUAAUUUAGGCUUUUGUUUAGAUGCCAUUCCUGUCUCUUGGGUAAGAAAGUAGCCAUCUAACUUUAAAAUUUUUUGGUAAAAGAAGGUUUAGAAGUUAAUAACUGACUUGUUAAUUUUGCGAUACCAUGAUAAAUGGCCACAAAAUUAGGAAGUUAACUAAAGUUUUUAUUAGUCUUUUAAAAAAUAAUUUAGAUCUUCAAACAAUGAUAAAAUAGAAAAUUGGGGUUUAUAAAGAGAUAUGUAUCUUCGAAUUGUUAGAUUAACAGCCAUCAUGGCAAUAAGCCAAGUAAUAUAUAUGAUUUCUCUUCAAAGAAGUGUUCUCUCGGUUUUGUUAAGGGUGGGGGAAAGAAUAACUUGUGAUUGGUGUGAACAAGAUUCUGCCUUACUUCCACCUCAGUUGUACCCAGGGUUUUUUGUAACUAUAUAAAAAAAUGAGGGAGGAGAGACUUUUAAAUUGCACUUGUUAUUACCAUUUCUAAUUAUCAUGGCAAUUACUAGAAUUAUUAGAGGCUUGAUACCUUACAGGUAUUUUCAUUGUUAAAAUUCCCUAUAUCUUUUCCCCUUCCACAUUCCAAAUCUUAAUAAACUUAACUGGUCAUAUAUGGUAAUGUAAUAUAUGGGCAAAAGAAUGUCAGCAACUGUAUUUUUUAUGUCCUUUUUUCCACAUUUAAGUUGUUUUUUAGCAAUAAGCCUCACGGGAACAAUUUUAAUUCAUUUCAUGUUGAAGGCUAUUUUAUAUUAGUCCCAGAAAAGGCAAAGAGAGUAAAUAGGAAGAAGUGGUGAUCAGAUUAAGAAGUGGGGAAGAUAAAAAUAGAAUAAAAAUAAUAAGGAUGAAAAAGAAAAAAUAUUUUAAGACAAAUCACAGUUAAAUAAUUUUGUUUAUUGAAGUAAUACCAACAGACAGACUUGUUUUACAUAUCAAUGUGCCUAAACCCAGGGUUCUUAAUAAUAUUAGGAUGAUUUUGUUGUUUCUUGUAGGUUUCAGAGAGUAAUGGUUUCUCUGAUGUUGU